GAUUGACGUCGAUGUGUAUUGUAGUAUACGCAGUAAAUAGACAUUCUAAAUAUCAACUCGCAUUGGCUGCUAACAGGGAUGAGUGGCUAUCGAGACCUACGAAACCUGCUGGGAUGCACAGAUUUGGGAGUGAAGACAAAGAAGAAGUAAUUUCUGGGAUUGAUUUGCUCAUGGAAGGUACUUGGAUUGGUGCAAACAAGUCUGGUAAGAUAGCAGCCCUUACAAACUACUUCGAACCACUACCAAAAGACGGAAAGUUACUCAAAUCGAGGGGGAAAAUACCAAAGGAUUGUCUUCAAAGUGGCAGAACUAUAGAGGAAGAUCUCGAGGAGAUCGCAAAGAUAAAGGAUGAAGUUGGACCGUUCAAUCUUCUACUCAUUCAAGUUAAUAAGGGCUCUGUCCGCUAUGGUUACGCGACGAACAGAUCACUGACGUCAAACUUCCACGGAAUGUUUACUGAACAGAUAGGCGGGAUGUCUAACGGAUAUGUAGAUGCAAACAACGACAUAGCCUCACAAUCAGAGUGGCACAAAGUAAAACACGCGAAGGAGCAUCUCAACCGCGUUAUCAAGGAGGAUAUGUCAGAUCGCGAGUUAAUAGACGCAUUGGAGGCAUCUAUAUCCCACGAAGUACAUCCUAUGCAAACAAGAGAAGAUUUCCAAUAUAGCGCGAGAAUACCGCCUAUUAUAAUGCGCCCAGCGGCUAACCCUAUAGCACUCAACGAAACAAACAAAGAAGACGUCCAAGCGAUCUACGCGACGAGGUUAGUUACCUUCAUCCUAGUAGACAAGGAAGGCAAUAUCAACUUUAUUGAGAAAGAUAUCUACAAACUCGAAAAUAACGCCGUCGAGAAAUCUGACAAAGAAAGCACCUUUGUACUAAACAGCCAAGAGCUAUAAAAUAAAAUAAAU